AUGACCCUGCCCAAGAGGGAGCUGGAUGAGCUAAAGCCAUGGAUUGAGAAGACAGUGAAAAGGGUACUGGGUUUCUCAGAGCCCACAGUGGUCCUGGUAGCAUUAGAUUGUGUAGGAAAGGGUAUGGAUAAGAAGAAAGCAGCUGAUCACUUGAAGCCUUUGCUUGCUGAUUCUACCCUUGAGUUCAUCAACAAACUGUUUGAGGUAGUGGAGCAGGGCUACAGUUCCAAGCUUUGCUUGUCUAGAAGUGACAGGAGUAAAAAACGGGACUUGAAGGAGGUGUUUGGUGAGGACUCAGAGAUAUCUAAGGAGUCGUCAGGCUAGAAGAGGUACAUAGCAAAGCUGGAGGAGGAGGAGCCACAGGAGGGGCACCCAGAGGUCAUUCCUGGACCACCAUCUGAGAGGGAAGGCAAACUGACUAAAUUACUGACACAAGAAAUGAUGGAGGCAACCAGCAAGUCGAUUGAGGAAAGGAAAAAACAGUUGAGCUUCAUUAACCCUCCCCAAUCAGAGCAGUUUCCAAUUGGCAAUAUUCUUCAGCUUUCUCAGGCUGCCAUCUUGAUGAAUGACGCUAGGAAAGCAGCUGAACUCCAAGCUUGAAUCCGGGCUCAGCUGGCAUUGAAACCAGGACUCAAUGGCAAUGCCAACACGAUUGGAUUGGCUACCCUUCAUGCUAUGGGUACUGGUCCCCAGAAAGUCGAGCUGAAGGACAGGACAAAGCCUACCCCCCUGAUGCUGGAUGAACAAGGCCUCAUAGUAGACGUUAAAGGCAAAGAGAUUGAGUUGACCCAUCGAAUGCCGACCCUCAAGGCCAACAUGCACAAUCUGAAGAGGGGACAGUCCAGGAAAAAGCUCAAAAUGAAGUCAGAGGAAGACAUGGCAUCCAACACAUUUUUUGAUCCCCGGGUCUCUAUUGCACCUCCCCAGCAUCAGAAACAAACCUUCAAAUUCCAUGACAAGGGAAAAUUUGAAAAGAUUGCCCAGAGAACACGGACAAAGGCUCAGUUAGAGAGGCUGCAAGCAGAGAUCUCACAGGCAGCCAAAAAAGCUGGCAUUCAAACUUCCACCCAGCCAAGGCUCAAAGAAGGAGAGAUUCCUGAUAUUGAAUGGUGGGACUCCUACAUCAUCUCCAGUGGUUUUGACCCUAGUGGAGAAGAUACCCAGAAAGAGAACUAUUUUGGCAUCACAAACCUCAUAGAGCCUCUAGCCCAGCUAGAUCCUCCAGUGGACAGGAACAAGCCAUUGGUGCUGGGGGUGUACCUCACCGAGAAGGAACAGGAGAAACUUAGAAGGCAGACACGGAAGGCAGCUCAGAAGGAGCAAGAAGAGAAAGUCAGGCUGGGCUUCAUGUCUCCUUCUGAACCCAAAGUCAGAUUAUCCAACUUGCUGAGAGUCUUAGGGAUGGAAACUGUUCAAGACCCCACAAAAGUGGAAGCCCACGUCAGAAACCAAAUGACAAAAAGAUGGAGAGCACAUGAAGAAGCCAAUGCUGCCCGAAAACUAACAGUAGAAGAGAGAAAGAUGAAGAAAAUAAAAAGGCUAAAGGAAGACACUUCACAGGGGGUACACAUAUCUGUAUAUAGAGUUCGAAAUUUGAGUAACCCAGCCAAGAAGUUCAAGAUCGAGGUCAAUGCCAAGCAGCUGUACCUGUCAGGGAUGGUGGUUCUUCACAAGGAUGUCAAUGUGGUGGUGGUCGAAGGGGGUCCUAAGGCACAGAAAAAAUUCAAGCAUCUUAUGCUGCACAGGAUACGAUGGGAUGAACACACAUCUAAAACGAAGGGAGAUGGUGAUGACUCUGAUGAGACUGUGAAAAAACCCAACGCGUGUGCAUUGUUGUGGGAGGGCACAGCCAAAGGUCAGAGUUUUGGAGAAAUGAGGUUCAAACAGUGCCCUACAGAGAACAUGGCCAGGGAGCAUUUCCAACAGCAUGGGGCUGAACAUUACUGGGACCUUGCACUGAGGGAAUCCCUGUUGGAGUCCACCAACGGAGAUGACUAG